AGAAAUGUGAUGAAUGUUACAGAGCAUGAACUAAAUAUCGUCAGCUGAAUUUCUCGCUUCUCUUUUGAUUUCUCUCCUUUCUUCGACUUGGUUAUUUGUUAUUUCAAUCACAACAAACAAUGCUUAAUGGUAGUCCAGUAUUUUGAGCAGUAACUCGGAGAAAGGCCUACAGUGUGGAGUUUCUUGUCGAUAUAUUUACACAUCUUUGUGUUAGGGGAUCAUUCGCCGGUUUCAACGGUAAUCAAGGCUUUUUUGCCGUUGCUUUUGUCUUCGGUGACGGCUCUCUUUCGCAGUCGUUUUUUGCUUUGAAGAACGCUAAAACUGGCGGGCUUGGAAGUAAUCAAACGAUCUUCAUUUAUACAUCAUGGCGAUCGCGAAUCGACAGAUACAAUGGAAGAAUGCGAAACUAAAGAUCCCAAGUGCUCGCCAUCAUGCGACAACAUAGAGAAAGACGACACUUGCACCGAAGAGUGGUGUUCUUCUGAGAUUUUAGGCGAUGAUAGUUAUGUAGAAGAAACACUAUCCAAUUCCGAUAAUCUGGAGAUUGAAAGUGGAGUAGAGAGUGCCACAGGAGAUGUAGCUGAAGCAGAUUUUCUCGGACCGGAGUUCACCGGAGACGAACUAUAUUUACAACUGGGAGAUCUUGAUUUAACAACAGAACAGGCACAGGAAACGUUGAAAUACUUUACUUUGGCAUCAGAUCGAACAAACCAGAUGAGUAAAACAUACAAUGACUUGGAUGCCAUUUUGCAGCUCUUACAAGAGAAAGAGAAGGACUUGGAGCUUGCAGCCAGAAUUGGCCAGGAGACACAACUUCAACAUGAAGUGUCCAUGAAAAAUGAACUUCUCCAGAAGUUCAUCAAAGAUCAGGAGAUGGAUGAGUUCUAUCAGUUAUCCCAUCGCUCUGAUGAAGACAGUCGCAGCAGCGACAGCUCAUGCAGAGAUGUCUCCAUCACUUCACUUCAACAGAAGUGUCAGGCUCUGGAGCAACAGAACACUCAUCUCAUCUUUGAGGCUUUACAGUUGAAGGAAGAAACAGCGACUGUGGAAAUGAAGGAACAACAACUGGUUCUAGACUGUGUGCGACAAUUAGUGGAAGCUAAAGAUCAGAUUUCUGAUUUGACUGACGAGAUCUCGCAAAAGGCAGAGGAUAACAUCAGACAGCAGGAGGAGAUCACUCAUCUUAUUACAACUGUCGUGGACCUACAAAAACGGCACAAACAGCUUUCAAUGGACAAUGAAGAACUGCAAAGUUUACUGAACUCUUCCACGGCAAAUCAAAGCCAGCUUCAAAACAAGGUUGAUGAUUUGAGUGACAAAUACCAUGAAUGUUUGGAGAUGUUAAUGGAAAAUCAGAGGGAAGUAAAAAAGCUAAAUACAAAGAUUGACAGUGAUGCCCGUGACUCAAUUGCUUUGGAGAUCGAGGAAAGCGUCAAAAGAGACCUGACCUCCCAACAGGAGAAAAGAGAGCACACUGCUCGUGUUAUGGAAACUGUGCGUGCCAUUAACACAAAGAGAACCCGCAAAGGCGUUUCCUCUAAGUCCAAGAAUACCAGUACCCCUGAAGGGUCAGGCUUUAAAUUCACUUACUCCCCCUCAGUAAAUGAAUCGAAAGCCUCAGCGGAAGGUGCGGGAAACUCUCAAGCUGGGAACCCCGUGGCGGAAAGGCGAGUAUCGUACGGACGUCGCCCAUUCAGAGCUCCAGAAAAACUCCAGAUUGUAAAACCGAUCAAAGGUUCCGUAACGCUGCAUCAGUGGAAAAAAUUAGCCAACCCCACCCUGAAUUUGGCGGAGACUCGGCCUGGGGUACACGUUAAAGGAGAGGGCGCGGAUGCAUCGGAGAACGAACCAAGAGAACGGAAGGAGUCAAGUGAUUUGGACGCCGACGAGUCCGAGGAAGAUGAACCUUUGUACAUGAAUCUUCCCCGUACCUCGGAGAGUACCUCCGAAGCUGUCAGCCAAACAGGGACAGAAGAUGGUGACGAGGAUGAUGAACCUAUCCAGAUGCGAGUCCCUCACGGGCUUGAACUAGGGACCACCUCCAAAAAGAAAGAAGAGACCGUGGCUGAGAAAGGUAGCUCUAAAAAGGCUCCUCCACAGAAUCUAGGGCUAAUAUCGCUUGUAAGCGGUCAAGGCUUCCAGGGAGGCUUCAAAGAACGUGGUGGCGACAGCGGCAGUAUCUUGACGCACCUGCUGAACAGCCCCUCCUCGACAUCUUCGGGGACAUCCUCAGUGGGAAAAGUACUCGCUGACGUCCUCAGUAAGGCCAGUAAGGAGGCCUCUGAAAAGGAGCCUAAUAGGGCCGAGUCUCUUCGCAACUUGGCGAAUUACUUUAGUGAGAAAGAGCGUGGUAACAGCACUGCGCCAUCUCAAGUCAAAUCACCCACCUCCCCUCCCCCAGUAGUACCUUUCACAAGCACCCUACCCUCAUCCGGAGGUGGAAUGUUGUUGAGUAAGAUACUCGGUACUAGUGGCUUAUCAGCUGGUUUGACGAUACCUGCGCCAAUUACUACGACCGCGAAGACAAGUGGUCUGCCGAGCACCACGAGCAGUACGUCAACCACUCCAAGUGUUCUUACACGAAGUACUUUGGUCAGGAACUCCAGUGGCACUAACUUAUUAAGCUUGGCUCAGGGUGCAAUGGUAGACGAUGCCUCAAAUAAGCGUCACAGUUUAGACUCGUCUCAGCUGCUUAAGAACUCAAAUAAUUCCAAGUCGGAUACUUCUCCGGGACUUGAUUUUUCUGAAUUGAAGUUUCCUACACUGCGCAGGCGUGCCAGCAGCGGUGAUCUUCAAGAGAUGGGAAGUUUAAGCAGUUUUGACCAGUUUGGCAGCGGUGGACUAGGCGCACGAUUGAAAAGAAGCUCUAGUAUCGGUAAUAUGAAGGAUCUCAGCAACGACAGCCUAGCAGGGCCCUCAAAAGACGGUUCUGAAGGGGGCUUUUUUGGUCGUCUCCGUCGUACUCCAAGUAUAGGGAGCCUAACAAGUCUGGUGCAGCGAUCCAAUUUUUCGGUUGGUUUUCCAAGUUCGCUUGCAGGAUCAAAGCUGCGGUCUACAAGUUUAGAUGCCCUCCCGGUGUUCAAGCCCGGUGAAUCGCCUCCGUCUCCUUCCAAAUUUGAUCAAGACAGCGGAAAUUUCUUUGGAAAGAACGCGCCUUCUUCCAGUCUUGACGCAAUACCCGGAGCCACCGGUGGGUUUUUUGGUGGAGGUACUAAAUUGAGUAGCUUGGCUGGUGUCCGGGGAUUCUGGUCCCAAGGAGGGAGUAAGAGUUUGGAGAGUCCUGCCCCACCUGUCCAGGCACCACCCCCGAAGAGCGAAGAGAGGCUGGAAAAAAUCACCAACGCUUUUGCUUUUGAGGACUUCGGAGGACUUGGGUUGAUGUCCUUCUUUGGAGGAAAAUUGCGCGGUUCAAGAUCAGAUAGUCAGUGAAUGAAAUUUACUGGGGGUGUCGGGGACCUAGAACCUCAGCUUUUACAGUCGUUGCGGCUGUUUUAAAGAGAAAUUUUAAAAUCAAAUUAAAAGAAAUGAUGGCAAUGACGCCAGAGGUGUAAUGGUAAAAUUGGAAAUAAAGAUUAGGUUUUUUAAAUUAUU